AUGGCCAUUGUACCCUUCUCUCUGUUGUCCUCCACCGUCGCCUCGCUUCCCCACCUCGCAGCCGCCGCGUGUCUCCUCGCCGAGCCCACCCCCGAUUCCAGUUCCACCGUGGACGCUUUCGUCUCCCGACCCCGGCUUCGCCUGGGGUCCGCGGCCUCCCGUGCCACCGCGCUGAGGAAGGAGCUGGCAUGCUCGUUGGCGGCGCUGCCGGCGCCCUCCACGGCCGCGGCCGUCUUUGCAGUAGCCGCGGCGAGGACCUCCUCCUGGCCGUGGCUGCGCUGGCCACCUUCGCAUCCUCCGAUCCUCGGACGUCACACGACUGUCCCUGACGCAGGAGGCCGGUGCCAUGGUGCCCCAUCUGUGCCGCACGCUCGAGUCCGGCAGCGCGGCCGCGGAGCACGCGUGCAUGGCGCUGCUCCCGCUGAGGGUGACAUCUCGGGACGCGUCCGCGGACGUGGCCGCCCCGGCAGCCGGGGUGCUCCGGAACCUCGCACCGGGUGGGGCGUGGGUCGACGUGGUUACGGCCCGGAGCAGCAGCAGCACAAGGACGACGCCGCCGAGCCGAGCGGAGGUCUGCGCGACGGCGGCGUUGAGCCCCCUGGCGAGGCCGUGCACGACACCGUAGCUGCGGUUGCCAAGCCCGAUACAGCCGAAGAGGAGCAGGCCGUGCACGACGCUCGUGCGCCGACCUCCUCCUGCUGCGGUGGCCCGCCGCCCCAACCCUCCCCUUCGCAAGCGCGGGAGACGGAGAAGGUGACGGUGCGCUCUGCUUCGGCGCCUCGUCGGCGGACUCUAGCUUUGGCACCGGCUCGUCGGCGGACUCCGGCUUCGGCACCAACUGCUGCAGGCGCGUGGGACGUGGACCGCCAGUGCGUGCGGAAUGGGGACUGCGAGCGCGCUGUCCGGCACAUGGAGCGGCUCCGGACGCGGCCGCACUCGUCCGUCGUCUCCUUCGCCUGCUCGAAGAAGAUAGGAUGA